AGUGUCCCAAGGUCAUGUGAUCCAAGGUGCACAGAAUCUAGCAUUGAGGGAGGAGACGUGACUGUUUGACCUAAUGAUGCCAUUAUUAUUAUUAUUAUUUUCUCUUUUGUAUUUGCAGCACAACGGUACGAUUGAUUGGUCAUCCCUGACCAAGAAGGGAUGCUUGGAACUUGGAGGAGAGCUCCUGGGGAAUAACUGCAAAUACGUCCCUGACAUCACCCUCAUGUCUUGCAUUCUCUUUUUGGGAACCUACACCUGCUCCAUGGCUUUGAAGAAAUUUAAGACCAGUCGUUAUUUCCCAACCACUAAAGGUGCUGGAUAUCACCUGGAUCUUUUCUUGGUGGCUGUGUUGAUGAUCAUCUGUUCCUUCAUGGGUUUGCCCUGGUAUGUUGCUGCGACUGUCAUCUCCAUCGCUCACAUUGACAGCUUGAAGAUGGAAACUGAGACCUCGGCACCUGGCGAACAACCCAAGUUUUUGGGAGUUAGGGAGCAGAGAGUGACUGGAUGUAUCGUAUUCCUUCUGACGGGCGUUUCCGUGUUCAUGGCACCCAUCUUGAAGUUUAUUCCCAUGCCUGUCCUGUAUGGUGUGUUCCUCUACAUGGGUGUUGCGUCCCUCAACGGUGUGCAG